GUCGAAAGGAGGAGCUUAGGGUUGAAAGAUGGCGGAUAAAGAGAAGAAAAAGAAAGAGAGUAUAUUUGACCUGUCGAAGUACAUCGACAAGACGAUCCGAGUGAAGUUUCAGGGGGGUCGAGAAGCAAGUGGAGUCCUGAAAGGCUUCGAUCCGCUGCUGAAUCUGGUGCUGGAUGGCACUAUUGAGUACAUGCGAGAUCCAGACGAUCAGUAUAAGCUGACAGAGGACACGCGGCAGUUGGGUCUGGUGGUGUGUCGGGGGACUUCCGUGGUCCUCAUCUGUCCCCAGGACGGCAUGGAAGCCAUUCCGAACCCGUUCAUUCAGCAGCAGGAGGGUUAGGGGGCCGUUCCCUGUCGCCGUCACACGUCAUUCACGUGUGUUAUGACGUUGUCCUCAUUUGGACAAAAUCCUGUGAACCCUUAAGUCAUCUCCGAAUAUGACUAAUUUUCCUCUUUUUUUUAAUCAUGAAAUCUUCAUUGUACACGAUGCAAGCUGUGAUGGGGAGACUGCGUGAAACCAAAUGGUUUACAUUCUUUUUUUCAAGUUUUCAACGUGUUUUGUUUGGAGAAGAAUGUUUAAUUUUCCUUGUGUGUUGGAUGAAGUGUCUGGCUGAUCUUUGUAAUGGGAAAUUAACACCACGCCUGGGUUUUCUUCUGUUUUGAAAAUUAUAAA